GAAUUAUGGAAUGUUUUAAAGACAAGUUACCACUACCUGUCGAAUGUAAACAAAUAACCCCAACGAAAUGUCAAUAACGUAAGUGUCAAGUGUAUUUAACACGAUUGCAAUAUUUUACUUGAAAAAUAAUAACAAGAACAUAAUUUAUAGAAGAAAAUACAAAAGAAAACUCGAAAUAAAAGUGAUGCGAAUCUUUACACAAAGUAACUAGUUAGUUAGCACGCUUCGCGAUGGGUAACUCAGGUCUCAAACAACAUAUAGAAACCGCUCAAAAAACGGGAGUGCUCAAGUUAUCUCAAGGGAAACUAAACGAAUUUCCACCAGGUUUCAAACAACUGGAAAGCAGUCUCCGAACUUUGGACAUAUCAGACAACAAAUUCGUAAUUUUACCUAACGAAAUAAGUAGAUUCAUGCAAUUAAGACACUUAAAUUUGAGUAAAAAUAGAUUGGCAAAGAUUCCUGAUUGUAUAGGUGCCCUAACUAAAUUAGAAAUAUUAAACGCGAGUCACAACAAUCUAACAACUUUACCCAGAACAUUAUCAAAUUUAAUACAUUUGAAACAGGUGAAUUUAAGUGAUAAUCACAUCAAGGAGUUCCCGUUGAUGUUUUGCGGUCUUAAACAUCUCGAUGUGCUAGAUUUAAGUAGAAACGAAAUAACAUCAAUCGGUCCAGAAGUAUCUGGUUUGAAUGUCACCGAGCUUAACUUGAAUCAGAAUCAAAUAGCGCACGUUUCGGGGCAAAUAGCCGAUUGUCCGAGAUUGAAAACGUUGAGAUUAGAAGAAAAUUGUUUGCAGUUAACGGCUAUUACCCCUAAAAUACUGGGGGAAUCGAAAAUAUCGAAUUUAUCCCUUGACGGUAAUCUAUUUAAAACCACGCAGUUAUCUGACGUGAACGGGUACGAUGCUUACAUGGAAAGAUUUACCGCUGUGAAAAAGAAAUUGUUUUAAGAGGUUUCGUUAUUGUAAAUGUUAUAUCGCUGUCUGCAUGAAACAAUUCGCUUUUUAUUGACGCUGACAAUCAUUGAUGUCUCGUAAAAGACACUAAAACAUGAAGUGAUACCUAUACUGAGAGAUGUUUUAUUUGUUUUAUAAUCUUUUCCAAAAAUUUGAGAAGUAUUUAAUGUAAUACAACGCUAGUUUCAAUUGUUUAUUGUUUUUUUCUAAUCGUUUAAUUAAUUUAUAGUCUGUUUGGAAAGAUCGUAAUUCCGAAUAUAAAUUUUUGUGUUUUAAAAUCUAUUUUGAGGGGCCUGUCAAACAUACGUUAAAAAAUUGAGGUUAGAAAUGUUCGUUUGUGAUAGAAUGUAAAGAAAACAUAUAAAAACAAAUUCAAUGGAAGCCUUUCAUAAUUCCAAUUAUAAAUUUUGUGUUUUAUAGUCUGUUUUGAGGGUACUGUCAGACGUACGUUAAAAAAUUGAGGUUAGAAACGUUCGUUUGUGAUAGAAUGUGAAGAAAACAUUCAAAAACACAUUAAAAACAAAUUCAAUGGAAGCCUUUCAUGGUUCCAAUUAUAAAUUUUGUGUUUUAUAGCCUGUUUUGAGGGUACUGUCAGACGUACGUUAAAAAAUUGAGGUUAGAAACGUUCCUUUUUGAUAGAAUGUAAAGAAAACAUAAAAAAACAAAGUCAGUGGGAGCCUUUCAUAAUUCCAAUUAUAAAUUUUGUGUUUUAUAGCUUGUUUUGAGGGUACUGUCAAACAUACGUUAAAAAAUUGAGGUUAGAAAUGUUUUUUGGCAAAAGUACGAAAAAUGUAUAUUCAAAACUAGUAAAAAGACAAUCGAUAAGAAUUUAGCAACAUUCCGAUCAUGAAUUUUCUAUUUUAUCAAGUAUUUAGGUUAGAAAUUUUCGUUUGCACUCUGUAUACAAAAACAUUUUGAAACGAAGUUCCAUUCGAGUUUCUUCUUAUUUAAACAACGAUUUUGUAUUGGUUUUUACAAAAAACAGACCAAUCUGAAAUUUGUAAACAUGAAAACAGUCGAAAAUCUAAUUUAAACACGUGGAAAAAAUUCCACGGGUUCAUUGACUCUUAAUGUCUGAAGGUGUGUUGGAUUCUUUCAUAUGUUCGACAGGUCUCUAAAAACCCGAAUAAAAUUCUAAUCACACCUAAUUUAAGGUUUUUAUUCAAAAAUAUGUAUUAGAUGGUGAAGUUAUAUUUUUUUUCUAAAAGUUUAUAGUAUGUUUGAAAUUAUUAGAAAGUAAUACAUGUGAUAAACGUCUUGUUUUUUUUUCCAAAUCUUGUAAACAAAUCCCAAUCUAUGCAUAUUUUUUAGAAUUGUGUCUGUCGUAUUUGUUUAAAUAGAAUAAAAUGCCUGUAAUAAAAUUUUGUAUUUAGACAUAUCUCACCUUGAUUGAUAUAUAUCAGCUGUUUCUUUAAAUUGGCUACUAAUCACCCGGACUAAUAACCUGUCAUAGGUUUGUUCAUUUUCCAACCAUUAAUUCGAACACGCACUUUGUUAUUAAAUAAAUAUAUUUAGCGCCUGUGAUUUUUUUUCGAUAUUUACCAAUUUGACAUGUGUCAUAAACGUACUUAAAUGUGGGGUAAAUCAAAUCUCGAAGACUCAACUUGUGUCAUUACGGGUCCAAUGUGUUUCUGCUCGCCCUAAUACAGGGUACUGUACUGUUUCUUAUCAAUAAGGUAUUUAUUCUACAACAUUUAUGUCCAUAUUUUAUAUAGAUGUAAUAGAUAUGCUGCACAUCUCUCUCUAUAUUUUAUAAAUUGUAUUUAAAUUCUACAAAUCCUGUAUAAUAAAAACGUACAAAUAUUAUUAUUUU